AUGGAUGAUUUCGAAAACGACUCUGAAGGUGACCAGUUGAUUACAAACCUAGAAUUUGACGAAGAAACAGGUCUCCUGCUUUCUCCUCAGACUCAACCCACAACGUCUUGUCAAGUGCCUUCGUUUGAGUCAUUGACAAGGACGGAAUUUCCCGGUUUCCCCUAUACCACACUUUAUCCACAACAGAAUGACUUAAUGCGCUUUCUCCAUGCGUCCCUUAAUUCCUCCAAAUGUAGCAUCAUUGAGAGUCCUACUGGAACGGGUAAGUCGAUCAGCCUACUCACCGGCUCUCUGCAUUGGCUCCUUGACCACAACAGGGCUAUCAAUGCUCAUCUCGCCAAACUCCGUGACUUCCUGCAGAAAGAGAGCAGUCGGCCUGUUAAGGAGAGUGACUGGGUAGCGGCACAAAUUCGUAGGCGGACUCUACGAAUCCGGGUGGUUAAGGAGAUAGAGUCUUUGGAAGCCACCCAGAAGGCGUCCUUAGAGGCCUCCGAACUCAUAAAACGUGCUGAAGGGGUCAGAUCAACACUUAAAUCAUCGGAUUUUACCCAAUUUCUCGAUGCUGUCAUUCACGAUAACUGCUCUUCCUCUUUUGAAGCAUUAGAUGAAUGGCAGGGACUGGGGGACAACUUGUUCCUACCGGUUGUAGACACCGACUGCAGCCAAACCAAUGCUGACUCUGUAGUUGCUCCAAAAAAUACAGCAUACAGCAUAGUUCAGGUGGUAUAUUGUAGUCGAACACACUCGCAAUUAGCCCAGGUUGUUGAGGAGUUUAAAAAAUUGAAGGGUCUUUCGGAUCAAGUCACCAUGGUGACCCUGGCCUCACGUCAACACCUCUGCGUGAAUAAGGCUGUGUAUGGAUUGCAAAAUCAGACCCUCAUCAAAGAGGCCUGUCUGGACCUUGCAGUAAAGGGUUCGGGCUGUAAAUUCCGAUGCAGGAACGAAGUCGGUGCGCUCUCUGACUACCUUGUGGGUGGUCGCAUCUCAGCCAUCGAGGCUGCAUCGAGGAUUCGUGGAUCUUUGGACCAGGUUAACAUUGAGGAGCUGCCUGUCUCCGCCUGUCCCUACUACGCCAACAAGCGUGGCUUGCCCCUUGCCCAAUUGGUAUUGGCACCUUACCAGUCGGUAGUUGUGCCAAGUCUGCGGGAGGCUAUGGGUCUCUGUCUACGCAACAGUGUGCUCAUUUUUGAUGAGGCGCAUAAUCUGCUUGAGGCUUUGGCUGCCGCCUUCUCUUCCACUGUCUCACAUGCUGAUCUACUCGCCACUGAGCAUCUCAUUUUCGGCUUUUUGAGUCAUUACCAGUCUCGGCUCUCGGCUUUUUCUGCCCUCCGACUACGGCAGAUCAUGCUGGUCGCCAGGUCCCUCGUCAACCUCCUCGAAGGCAAAACAACUCGAAGCAGUGGUUUGCGUGGUCAUUGUGAACAGGGAUUGGAAGCCGAAAAUUGCAAGUCUACUGGUGAGAUGGUCUACAAAUUGGGCGACUUCCUUUUUGCUGCAGGACUGGAUCAUAUCAAUCUCAGCUACCUCGUGCACUAUCUGCGAAGCGAUAGGUGUGUGAACAAAAUCGUUGGAUUUGGGAAGUGGCUCGCUGGGAAAAAGUACAACAGAGGUGAAAAAGUGGAAACGGAUUUUAAUGGUACAAAAUUAGUGGGAACCCGACUUAGUCUCUCCACAUGUCUGAGGCAAAUGAAGCGUCCUCCAAAUCGUUCUGACUGCAGUGAGAUUAGGGCUAUCUUUUCAUCUUCAAAUGUCACUAGAUCAGUUGCAACCACAUCGGGUUCACCGGUAGCAUCGAAAAGUUCGAAAGACCUGCAGUCAGAGGGAGCGAGUCUCUUUGCGGUACUGGGCCUCCUCGAGGCGAUAGUAAACAGCGAUUGUGCGGGUAACGACGAUGGACGCCUAAUCGUCACCAUUCGGGAGACGGAACGCUGCAUUCGCUUUGUUAUCCUCAAUCCUGGCAGAUACCUGCAUGAUGCAGUUAAAGAGGCACGCAGCGUAAUUCUGGUCGGUGGAACAAUGAAGCCAUUUGAUGAAUUUAUUGAUCAAGUAUUUCUUCCAGCCGGAAAAGUUGCGACUGAUGUUACACUCUUCUCUUGUGAUCACGUUAUUGACGCAAAACAUCAACUCGCCAUUUACACCCCUUCUGUGUCGUUCAACAACGUUGUGUGGGAUUUUACAUUUAAGAAUCGACAUGAUCCUCGACUAAUUGAUGAAUGUGGUGAAUUUGUGAUCGAAAUAUGUACAAUGAUUCCGGGCGGUGUUGCGGUGUUUUUCCAAUCUUUUGACUACCUCUCUGUGGUAUGGAACCGGUGGAAGGAAACGGGUCUUCUCGGGCGCCUUCAGUCCACGAAAGCAUUGUUUAAGGAGCCACGAGCCGCAGUGGCCCUGGUCAAGGUAAUGCAAGCCUAUACGACCGCGGUCACUGCGCCAAACAAACAAGGCGCCUGCAUUGCUUGUGUGAUUGGAGGUAAACUCUCUGAGGGCAUCAAUUUCAACGACGACCUCGCGCGCGGUGUCAUCAUUGUCGGCCUCCCCUAUCCCAACAUCUACUCUGCAUUUGUGCGUUUUCCUUCGGUUCAUCUUCUGGCAGCCAAUAUGCGUGAGAAACUCAGCUUUUUGGAGAGACGUUUUGGCGGGCACGAGAGUGGUCGCCGCUUCUGUGAGGCAGUAUGUAUGCGGGCAGUGAACCAAGCCAUCGGAAGAGCUAUUCGCCAUGCACGCGACUAUGCAGUGGUCUUCCUGAUGGAUCGACGUUUUGUGACCAACCGACGCUUACGGCCUCUGCUGCCCUCGUGGGCCCAAGAUGCUCUCUUGUUGGACAGCCCUACCUUCUCUCCCCUUCAACAUGACCUCCUUCGAAGUCAGCUUCAUGAGUUUUUCUGUCGCAACAGCACAAAUCCACAGUGA